AUGUUUCUAUUAACGCGGACACAGAAUCAGACGUCGGUGGAGUUUUUCCUCCUGGGGUUCCAGCUGCCGAGGUUCCGGGCUCCUCUCUUCGUCGCGCUCUUUCUUUUGUACAGCGCCACAAUUAUGGGGAACUUUCUGAUCAUCGCGCUGGUGAAUUUCUCUCGCGCUCUUCGCUCUCCCAUGUAUUUCUUCCUCGGUCAUCUGUCCUCGGCAGACAUCUUCCUCACAUCGAGCAUCGUGCCAAACAUGCUAUUCCUUAUCCUGAAUGAAGGAGGCGCGAUAUCGCUUGCAGCGUGUCUCACGCAGCUCCAGUGCAUCGGCUGCUCCAUGACCAUAGAGUGUCUUCUGCUGGCCGUGAUGUCAUACGACCGACUUCUGGCGAUUUCCCGGCCGCUACGGUAUAACGCCAUCAUGGACCACAAACUGUGCCGUCACCUGGCUGCCGGGCCGUGGUUUGUGGGCUCCGCCGUCGCUCUGGUUGUAGUCGGCCUCGUCAGUCGUUUGGAGUUUUGCGGCCCCAGACUGAUCGAUCACUUCUUUUGCGAUGUUUCCCCGCUCCUGAAGCUUUCGUGCUCCGACACGUUCAUCGUACGGACGGAAGUAUUCAUUCUGUCCUCGUGUUUCGCUCUUUUGCCCUUCGCAUUUAUAAUCUCCACCUACCUGUGCAUUUUCCAGGUGAUAUUCCUAAUAUCUUCGUCCUCCGGGAGACGCAAAGCCUUUUCCACCUGCAGCUCUCACCUGGCCGCGGUCUGUCUGUAUUACGGGACGCUGAUCGGUCUGUACGUCGUUCCUUCCGAUAUCAGCUCCUUUAACAUGUAUAAGUAUAUGUCGCUGCUGUAUACGCUGGCCACUCCGUUCUUCAACCCCAUGAUAUACAGCGCGAGGAAUCGAGAGAUCAGGAGAGCUCUGCUCAAAACCAUCCACACCGUGCGCGGACAAGCCAGAGUUUGA